CGAACGUACUGCUGGAGCAAGACACCGGUAUACACAGGAUAAUCUAGCACCAUCCUUCUAAUUCAAGCCAGCUAAGUUACUCUCCAAAGCAGCACAAUGCCUCCUAAUUCCAAACGGGCUGUUGGCAAGCGAUCAGAGUACAAAGACAAAGAGAAACCAACGCAAAUCCGAUACAGCAACAUCAAUGCUGCCAAGGCUGUUGCUGAUGCUGUCCGAACAAGUCUAGGACCUCGGGGAAUGGAUAAAAUGAUACAAGCAUCUAAUGGUGAUGUAACCAUAACAAAUGAUGGAGCAACAAUCCUUAAAGAGAUGCAAGUGCUUCACCCAACAGCCAAAAUGUUGGUAGAGCUGUCAAAAUCGCAGGAUGUAGAGGCUGGUGAUGGGACUACAUCAGUGGUGAUCCUGGCUGGCAGUCUGCUCGAUGCCAGUACAAAGCUUUUGCAGAAAGGUAUUCAUCCUACAACGAUCUCAGAGUCUUUUCAGAAGGCUUCUGGCAAGUGUGUGGAAAUCCUAGAGGGAAUGUCUACACCCCUGGAGCUGACAGAUCGAGAGAAUCUGCUGAAGAGUGCUUCCACAUCACUCAACUCUAAGGUGGUGUCUCAGUAUUCCAACAUCCUAGGUCCCAUAGCUGUAGACGCAGUUAUGAAGGUGGCGGAUCCAGCUGUCUCCAACAGUGUAGACUUGAACGACAUUAAAAUCAUCAAAAAGUUAGGGGGCACUGUUGAGGAUGCAGAACUAAUAGAUGGUGUGGUGUUCACACAGAAGACCUCUAAGGCUGGGGGACCCAGCAAAGUAGAAAAAGCCAAGAUAGGCCUAAUACAAUUCUGUCUGUCACCCCCCAAAACUGAUAUGGAGAAUCAGGUGGUUGUCUCGGACUAUGCACAGAUGGACCGAGUGUUGAAGGAGGAGAGACAGUACAUCCUAGACUUAAUCAAGAAGAUCAAAAAGGCCGGCUGCAAUGUACUUUUAAUUCAGAAAUCCAUUCUAAGAGAUGCAGUUAAUGAUCUGGCUCUCCAUUUUCUAGCCAAAAUGAAAAUUAUGGUCGUAAAGGAUAUCGAAAGAGAGGAUAUUGAUUUCUACUGUAGGAGUUUAGGCCUAAGGCCCAUAGCCAGCAUAGAUCACUUUGUACCUGAGAAUCUGGGUUCAGCUGAGCUGGUGGAGGAGAUCCCAACUGGCACCAGCAAGAUACUGAAGGUAACCGGUAUUGUGAAUGCUGGGAAGACGGUGUCUGUGUUAAUACGAGGCUCAAACAAACUCGUCUUAGAAGAGGCUGAUCGUUCCCUUCAUGAUGCAUUGUGUGUGAUCAGAUGUUUGGUGAAGAAGAGGGCUUUGAUAGCAGGAGGAGGUGCCCCAGAGAUUGAGUUGUCCUUAAGGCUGAUGGACUAUGCCAACACACUAACAGGGAUGGAGCAGUACUGCUUCAGGGCCUUUGCUGAGGCAUUGGAGAUCAUUCCCUUCACGCUGGCAGAGAAUGCUGGGCUGAACCCCAUUGCCACAGUCACAGAACUGAGGAACAGACAUGCUCAAGGGGAGAAAACUGCUGGGAUCAAUGUCAGAAAGGGGGCCAUCACUAAUAUCCUGGAAGAGAAUGUAGUCCAGCCAUUGCUGGUAUCAACUAGUGCGGUGUAUUUGGCAUCAGAGACUGUUCGCAGUAUCCUCAAAAUUGAUGAUAUUGUGAACUGUGGAGGGCACAGAUGAAAGGAUCCGGUUUUUCCUCGUCAUUUCCAUUAAUCUGUUAAAGAUGAACAAGCCAGCGCUAUCCCGGUUCUGUCAAAAUGUUUUGUCAGAUUUCUUCACCAUGUAUAGUGCCAUAUGAGGACACCUCAUGGAUAAUGUUCCUGGAUAAUGGCAGGAUUUCUGCAAAUCUUAAUGUGUCCUCUUCAACGCAUCUGAACCAUAGUGCUAAUGGGUAUUGAUUUUUUCUAGAGUCUGUUUAUCUGGAGUGUCCGCCAUUUAUCUUCCUGUAAUUUAUGUUUAUUUGUAUGACCAAAUACUGCAGAUAAUGCUAAAAUUUGUAAUAAAAUAUUUGUAAGUGUUGAUGGGAAUAUUACAAGAAAAAAAAAAUCAAUAAACUUGGAUUAUAUAUGCUCGGCUGCUAAUUUUCUCUGGUGUAUGCUGAAGCUAAUUUGUUUCACAAGCUGUUCUGAUGGUGAUUUUGGCAGAUAAAGGCAAAACCUAAAUGUGCUUGAGGCUUUUCA